AUGAGUUUUACCUGCAUAAAUUUUGUCCGCUUUUGCUGCAUUGUGUUGAAAGGAAAGCAUGGGCCCAGAGUGAGAUUUUCUAAUCACUUAGCAGAUUUUGAGAAAGGGGAAAAGAUUUUAGGGCUAGCAAGAACCAUCGCAAGAACAUCACAAGGCACAAGCUCUACAACAUUAUUGCUUGAAUGCAAUUCUUCUUCUUCAGUAUCUCCAGGUUUAAAAUUCGAAGACCAUCAGCAACCACCACUUGAAUUGGUAGAUUCUAUUGAUUUAUCAAAUCAUUUAGUUAUAGGGCAAGAAUUCCCAGAUGUCGAAACUUGCAGAAGAGCUUUAAAAGACAUCGCCAUAUCUUUACACUUCGAUCUCCGUAUAGUCAAAUCCGACCGUAGCCGUUUCAUUGCCAAAUGCUCAAAAGAAGGUUGUCCAUGGCGUGUACACGUCGCCAAAUGCCCAAACGUCCCCACAUUUUCAAUUCGCACCCUCCAUUGGGAACACACAUGUGAAGGUGUCAGAAACCUCCAUCACCAACAAGCUUCAGUCGGUUGGGUUGCAAGAUCAGUUGAAUCACGAAUCAGAAAUAAUCCACAGUAUAAACCAAAAGAAAUCUUACAAGACAUUCGCGAUCAACAUGGUGUUGCAGUGUCAUAUAUGCAAGCUUGGAGGGGAAAAGAAAGAAGCAUGGCUGCUUUACAUGGAACUUUUGAAGAAGGGUAUCGUCUUCUACCUUUAUACUGUGAACACAUCCGAAAAACAAACCCCGGAAGCAUAGCCUCAGUUUUUUCAACCGGACAAGAUAAUUGCUUUCAACGCCUAUUUAUCUCCUAUCGCGCAUCAAUAAUUGGGUUUUUAAACUCAUGUAGACCACUUCUAGAACUCGAUAGAGCCCAUUUGAAAGGAAAAUACUUAGGUACACUUAUAUGCGCCUCUGCUAUCGAUGCAGAUGACGGUUUAUUUCCUUUAGCUUUUGCGGUUGUUGAUGUCGAAAGCGAUGAAAACUACAUGUGGUUCAUGUCAGAGCUCCGGAAGCUUCUAGGGGUAAACACUGACAAUAUGCCUCGCCUGACGAUCUUAUCAGAACGCCAGCGAGGCAUGGUGGAGGCGGUCGAGACACAUUUCCCGACCGCCUUCCACGGAUUCUGCUUACGUUACGUAAGCGAAAACUUUCGCGACACGUUCAAAAAUUCAAAACUAGUCAACAUAUUUUGGAGCGCGGUGUACGCGCUCACUCCCGUUGAAUUCGAAAGCAAAAUUUCCGAAAUGUUGGAAGUUUCACAAGACGUGAUUCUUUGGUUCCAAGAUUUCCCGCCUCAGUUAUGGGCGGUUGCGUACUUCGAGGGCGUCCGAUAUGGUCAUUUCACAUUGGGAGUCACCGAAUUGUUGUACAAUUGGGCUCUUGAAGGGCACGAACUCCCGAUUGUUCAAUUAAUGGAACACAUUCGUGUUCAAUUAAGUUCGUGGUUUGAGAACCGAAGAAAUAUCGGGAUUAGAUGGAACUCGAUUGUUGUUCCGUCUGCUGAACAGAAGAUUCUAGAAGCAGUUUCUGAUGCGCGUUGUUAUCAAGUUUUGCGUGCAAAUGAAGUGGAAUUUGAAGUUGUGUCAACUGAAAGAACAAAUAUUGUGGAUAUAAGAAGUCGGGUGUGUUCUUGUAGGAGGUGGCAACUCUACGGGCUGCCCUGUGCACAUGCGGCGGCUGCCCUGAUUUCGAGCGGGAAAAACGCGCAUGUUUUUGCGGAUCAUUGUUUUAAGGUUGAAAGUUAUCGGGAGACGUAUUCACAGAUGAUUUAUCCAAUACCGGAUAAAAGUGUUUGGAAAGAGGUUUGUGAUGAGGGCGAUUUCGUAAUUCUACCACCGAAGACACGGAGGCCGCCCGGGCGGCCGAAAAAGAAGGUGGUUCGUAUAGAGAGUUUGAAGAGACCAAAGAGGAUUGUUCAAUGUGGUCGUUGUCAUAUGUUGGGACACUCUCAAAAGAAGUGUGCGAUGCCAAUUUGA